UGCGAUAUGGGAACCCGAGACGCCGGAGAUUUGGCCGACUCAGUCAAACGGAACACCUGCAUCAGGCGACUGUACUUGGACGACAUGUUGAAGGCGAACGCCACCGCUUUCUUUCGGCGCCUCUCGAAGGACAUUGAAGAGAACUACAGGCUAACUGCGGUGGAUUACAAUGGCCACAUAGAUGAGGACGCUGUCAGCGACUGGCUCGCUGUCAAGGCGACAACUUGGAGGAACUGCGGUCUCGUAGCGCGAGCUGCUCGGAUUAAGCAAGCAUCACAUUUCGACAGGUAUGUCACCAGAGCGGUGGACCGCGUGUCCCGAUACCCCGCCUUACUCGACGAGGUUGCCAGGAGCGCCAAACUCGACCAAGCAGAACUAGCGGUCUUGGUACGAGACCGCCUGAGGCAAAUACGAUCCCUUGACGGAUUCAUGCGGGUCGCCGGAGUCGUGAAGGAACGAGUCAUCUGCCAUCCUACCGCCGACGGUCGCACGCAACUGGACGACCUCAACGAGGACUGCUGGAGUCACGUGCGGCGGUACCUCGCGACCGAUGACGUCAAGCACGGCGCGGUACAGGUCAACAAUGGGUGACCGUGAAAGUGGCUCGUUUCGCAAACAGGCUUGCGGAAACCGGUGCAAG